AUGGCAGGAAAAACUCCAACUGGCGGCAAAGCCCCUUCCAAGACUACUGAAAAGAAGGCCAAGGCUUCUGGUGAAAAGAAACGAAAGGUGACUCGCAAGGAGACCUACUCUUCCUACAUCUACCGUGUCUUGAAGCAAGUGCAUCCUGAUACUGGUAUCUCCAACAAGGCCAUGUCCAUUCUCAACUCCUUCGUCAAUGAUAUCUUUGAACGUAUCGCCUCUGAAGCUUCCAAGCUUGCUGCUUACAACAAGCGUUCCACCAUCUCUUCGCGUGAAAUUCAAACCGCUGUACGUCUUAUCCUUCCUGGUGAAUUGGCAAAGCACGCUGUCUCUGAAGGUACCAAGGCUGUCACAAAGUACACCAGCUCCAAGUAA